UUCACUUUGGGCGAGAACUACAUUGCUGUUUCAAACUGAGUGAAGGAAUUCCAGUGAAACUUGGUUAUUUAAUUUCCACACUGCCUGCUCACACAACAUGGACCUUAUCUUGGUCUUCCCACUGAUACUUGCACUGAUUUCCUGUGGACAGAGUCACACUGAGGGGACUGAACAAACUAAUGGUUCAUGUUACAAUUUGUGUCCAGCUGGAUAUCAUAAAGUUGGUAACUGUGAUGAUCAAGUUAAAAAGUACAAAUGCAAGAAAUGUGAGGAUGGCUUCUACACAGACAUAGAAAACUACAUAGAGAAAUGUCUUCGGUGUGACUUAUGUAAUCAUGAUGAGAUUGUACUAAGGCCCUGCUCCUUCAAUAGCAACAUAGUGUGUGCCUGUAAACAUGGAUACUACAAUUUAGGGUCUGACCAUCUGAGGGAAUGCAUGAAAUGUUCCUGUAGUACAUGUCCAAAGAACGAUGACUACAAAAGGAAGUGUCUGAAGCAGACGAUUGGCACAGACAAAACAUAUCAAUUGUGAUUAGAUUUUGUUUGUGACUGACUGACAAGAGCACAGGACUACAAAUCAAUCAGAAAAUAAUAUAGAAUGCAUAUAUUUACUGCAGUGAUAGCUUACAGUGUAUAUCAGCACCAUCAUCAAAUCUAAACACAGUGUCUGGCUUAUAAAAUGUGCUCAUGUAUGUGUAAACCACAUUGUUAUUACUGAGUUUCUGCAAAAUUGCACAACUGCAUGUGUCAUAAUCACUGUUUGGUUCCAGGGUUUUGAGUUGAAGAUUGAUUUUUAAAAAUUUUGUUUGUAUUUUUAUUUUUAUCUUUAGGGUUUGUUUUGAUUUUACUCUGUUUUGGAUUUUCAGUUAUUUUUAGUAUUUUGAGUCUCCAGAUUUGGUUAAAUUGUCAGGAUCCCUGGGUUUUCCUUUGUCUAGUUUUCCCCUUUGACUCGUUAUCUUGUAAAUAGUUAUUGUCUGCGUCAUCCACCGUUCAUUAUCACGCCCUCCCUCACAGACGUGUGCUCCUUGCUGGGAGUUUCCAAAUUCCCUAGAAGUGUGUUUUCCAGUAGUUUGUUUUGAACUUGUUUUAACUGCCAGCAAUAGAGAUUCUUCUUUUCUUUUCCAUUUCUCUAGUCCUGGAUUUGGGUCUACAACCUGCCUGUUACACAGCACUACAUUAUAUAACUUUCUUCCUUUCUUUUUAUUUUUUAAUGGUUUGUUUCUGCCACUGGAAAUGACCCUUUUUAUCAUAAGUCAAAAUUUGGGGUUUUUAUCUGAAAGCUCUGACUUAAAAACCUCAAAAUUUCGAGUUAUUUCCAUUUUUGAGUUACUGUCUCAGAAAUUUGAUUUAUGAAGUUUAGAUUUUGAGAUAAUCUGAAAUUCGCUGUUCCAAUGAUUUCCACACUUCAUCGGUGCCCUCGCUCAUCCACUAAUCAUUUAGUGGUAAUUUGGUAUCUUACUUGUCUCUGGUUUCCUUUGUUUAGGAAUCACAAUCUAGAUUAAAAUGUGCAUAAAUAUCCCUGCCUUUGUUCUUUACCAUCUUGUACUGUUUAGUCUUCUUUAUGUUUUGCUCCUGUCCUUGUUUUGGAUUACCAAUUAACAAUAACCAUUUUUGGAGUUUUACUCACUGUUUAGAUUACAGCUAGAUUACAACACUCGUUCUUUGUUUAUUGAAACUCAGUCUCUGUCUUGUGUUUUGAGUCUUUAUGGAUCUAUAAGCGGUAUGUGCUAAGAUGAUCUCAUUUUGUUUCCUGUUUCUUGCAUUGCUUUUCUGAAGACAAAACAGAAUUGAAAGUCCAGAGGCUGAAAACAUGCGAUAACACACUCAUACAAAUAAACCUGUCCUUAAACCACAA